AUGAUCGGACUGCACACCGACUGCGCGGUCAUGAAUACGCUGUUGCGGCAGAAUGACGCUGAGCUACAUGCUCACCUCAAUGAGCUUGGUCUAAACAUGGAAAUCCUGUGCACAAAGUGGCUCGUGACAUGUUUUCUUACGUCACUCCCAUCUUUUUGCGGUCUCAAGGUAAUUGAUAUGCUACUCGCUCGCUCGAAGGAGAAGCAGCGUGCAUCUCGCGUCCUGCUCGGAGUAGGAAUGUCUAUUUUCUUCACUCUACGCGGGACGCUACUGGAGGCCAAGGAUGCAGGAGAGGUGUUAUUGGCCAUCAAUGAGUACUUCGCACGCGAAAUGACGAAGACUACGGUGGAGAUGGACAAGUUUCUGCACUUUUGCCUUAUUAUUACGGAUCAACUGGAACCUGACAUCGUUGAGGAGUUCCGCUUGGUGCAUAAGGACGAGGUGAUGGAGCGGUUCGCUGCAUUUGAGGCCAAGAAAAUCGAAAUGCGGCAACAACUGGAAGAGGCGAAAGCAAAGCAGCGAAAGGUGGCCAGUGCGCCCCCGUCUCCUUCAAAAACCGAACGCCUAUCUACGCUAUCCGCAUCGAGUAUCAUGUCAAGCAAGUCCAGCGGGCACCAUCGGAAAUCCGGUUUGUCUUCGUACAUAAGCAACCCGCUACGCGGCAGCGGGGGCAGCAAGUCAACCACUGGAGUAUCAGGGGAUGACAAGGAGCAUCGCAAGCGCUAUCAACGAGUAGACGUUUUGCAAACGCACCACAGCUUUAGCGAGGACCUGGAGAAGAUGGAAGACCAGUUGGAGGACCUUGCGGAUCUAUUUCUCCGUGGGAAAAUCGACGAAAAGGAGCAUUCGUGCAUCCGAGCGCAAAUCGUACGGAAGUGGUGCAAGGGCAUGAACUCACCACAGUCCGCAAUGGUUCGAGUCCAGUCUGUAAAGCACACUUACUGCGAACGGAGCGGCGGCGACGGGUUUACGAACAGCGCACCUGGCUCACUAGAGGCCCCGGUCCGAAACAGCUUCACUGGGGAGGCGGAUGGAAUGCAUCGCGGGAGAAAAGGCUCGAUCUCGCUUUACGGGCGCAUGAAGAAAGCUCAGAAAAGUGCGCUCGCCAUAUUUAAAUCGACAUUUGAAUGA